CACGUAUCAAAUCUGGAGAAGAAUGUUGGUUCGUUGAGUGCAACGAACGAAUUUCUUGAGAGACAAUUGAAGGACUCGAAAACUGAAGUGACCCGUCUCAAAGAGGAAUUGGAGAAGUGCAGAAAAGAAAUAAAUGACCUGAAAAGUGAGAUCGAGAAGGGCGAACAGCGUUUGGCGGAAUGCGAGAAUAAAGCUGAGUUGACGAGUCGUUAUUUGGCCGAUGAAAACAGCAAAAUUAAACAACAAAAAGCUGAGAUCAGGUGA